AUGCCUCCCACUCAAGCUGAAAGUGUCAUAAAGAGUAUCAUAAGGGAAAUAGGACAAGAAUGCGCAGCUCACGGAGAGGUGGUUUCUGAAACUCUGGUGGCUUUUAUGGUGAAAGCUGUCGUCCUGGAUCCAAGUAAUGGCUUUAACGUGGAUAGAACUCUUACAAAAAGUGAUGUUCAGAAACUUGUUAAGCUUUGUAUGGCUCGGCUAUUGGAUACCAAGAACCCAUCCCUGGACACCAUUAAGAUGCAAGUCUAUUUUGAUAUAAAUUAUACAAGUCGAGAGGAAUUUCUCCAAGAACAUCACCGGGUCCUAGAGUCUAGAUUAGGCUCUGUUUGCAGAGAAAUUACAGACAACAGAGCAUGUGCUAGGGAAGAAUUGGAAAGCCUCUACCGAAAGAUUGUCAGCUAUGUGUUACUACGCUCUGGGCUUGGAUCCCCCACAGAUAUCAAGAUUGUCAGAGAGGCAACAGCUGCCCUGCAGAGUGUUUUUCCCCAAGCUGAACUCGGGACAUUUCUAACUCUUUCUAAGAAGGACAAAGAGCGUCAGCUGAAAGAACUCACCAUGAUUGUCACUGGAAUACGAUUAUUUAACAGAGAUUGUGGAAAAGGAGGAGAAGGCAUUGAUGACUUGCCAGCUAUUCUACACGAAGCAAUCCCAGCCACCACUCAUCAUGUGGAUUCUCAGCUUCAGAUUGCCCAGAACUGGGCACACCGCUACACAGCCAUCCUUGAGAAAGCAACAGAUAAUCCACUCGUGGCUAUAGACCUUCAGCCAUAUAAAUUGAAAGAAGCCCUAUAUAAUGUGCGACAAUAUGAGGUCUUUCUUCAAAUCAUUUUGUCAGAUAUAAUUACUUCUGCUCAAGAAGUGGAAAUAAUGAUAAAGCAGUUAGGAGCCCAACUGGAACAAUUAAAAAUGACUGUAAAAUCAAAGAUUGCUGUCCCAACAUCACAAGUCUUUCCAAUCUUCGUGGCACUUGCCAGCCUGUGGAACAGUUUUCAGGAUGAGACGGUUUUGAUUAGUGUCCUCAGUAAUUUAAUCACUCACCUUGAACAAUUCCUGGGCACUCACGAACUCUUUCCUAAGAAAAUAUUGCAAGAUUUUCUGGAGGAAGUGACUGUGAAAACUGAUAUAUGUAGAAUUAAAGAACACUUGGAAGAAAGAGUACAUUCGGAGGAUUUCCAAAACCUAGAAUGGUUUUUCCCAGAAACAACAGCAAAUUUUGAUAAAUUGUUAAUUCAGUAUCAGGGAUUUUGUGGCUAUACAUUUGCUACAACAGAUGGUCUUCUCCUUCCAGGAAAUCCAUCAAUUGGAAUUUUGAAAUAUAAAGAAAAGUAUUACACAUUCAAUAGCAGAAAUGCUGCAUAUUCAUUUGCAGAAAAUCCUGAAAUUUACAUUGAUAUGAUUAAAGAAAAAGCCCAAAAAAAUGCUGAGUUAAUUCAGCUAUUGCAGCUUCAUCGACAUUUUGAUAUACUCAUUCCAUAUUCUCAGAUGAGAGAUGUUAACAAACUUUAUAUAAAGCCAAUUACAAAGAAUGAAAGUAGCACACAGACGGAUACACACAUAUUGCCACCAACAAUUGUGAGAUCAUAUGAGUGGAAUGAAUGGGAAUUAAGAAGAAAAGCUAUAAAAAUGGCCAAUUUGCGUCAGAAAAUUACUCACUCGGUACAAACUGAUCUUAGUCACAUGAGAAGAGAAAAUUGCUCACAGGUAUACCCUCCCAAGGACGUUAGCACGCAGACCAUGAGGGAAGACAGCACUCGAGUGCCCAGGCCCCAGAUUUACAUAGCCGGUCUUCGCGGGGGGAAGAGUAAAGUCACCCAUGGGGUCAAGGUGAACUUAACUAGAUCUGUCAAUGAAACCUAG